UAUACACGAUGCUGUACAAAACGAUCUGUACCGAGUGUUCUAGGGCUUUGAUUCCACGAUAACGAUGGCCGGACCGAGCAAGAAGAAGUCGCGUCAGUCCGGCGCCGGCCUGGCGGGGCUCGCCGCGCGGCUCACCAAGCGCCUCGCCGACGAGAACCCCCGCGCCAACCUCGUCUUCUCCCCACUCUCCAUCUACGCCGCGGUCUCGCUCCUGGCGCCCGGCGCACGGGGAGACACCCUGGACGAGAUCCUCCGCCUCCUCGGCGCCCGGUCCCGCCACGACCUCGAGGAAUCUAUCGCCACCACGGUGGCCGACGCGCUCAAGGACCGAUCCGGUACCGGCGGGCCGAGCGUGGCGUUCGGGUACGGCGUGUGGAACGACAGGACGCGUCCGCUGAAGCCGGCGUACCGAGAGGCUGUCGUCGGCACGUACAGGGCGGAGGCGCGCGCCCUGGACUUCCACGGGAACGCGGAGGACGCGGCGGCGCAGAUCAACGCCUGGGUCACGGACGUCACGAGGAACCUCAUCACCGACGUCGUCUCCGCCAGAUCCUUCACCAUCGAGACCGACGUCGUGCUCGCCAACGCCAUUUACUUCAAGGGCAAGUGGGACCUGCCCUUCUACGAGCAGAACACCAAGGACAGGCCGUUCCACCUGCUCGACGGCGUCGCCAUCGAUGCGCCCUUCAUGGUCAACUCGAGCCGCCACUUCAUCGCCGUGUACGACGGGUUCAAGGUCCUCAAGCUGCGGUAUAAGAUGCAACAACAACAAGAUUAUUACGGACCGUACACUUCUCGGGCGCCCAACUCCAAGAAGGACACGCAAUACUCCAUGUGCAUCUUCCUACCGGACGCGCACGACGGCCUGCGCACCCUCCUCGAUGAGAUAACCUCCCGGCCGGGCUUCGUGUGCGACCACCUGCCGUCGACCACGGUCAAGGUCGGCGAUUUUGGUGUUCCAAAGUUCAAGCUUGAGUUCACGAGCAACGUCAAACAAGUCCUCCAACACCUGGGGCUUGUGCUGCCCUUCGGCAUGGGCGCUGACCUGUCGGACAUGAUGGAGGCCGACGGCAGCCGCUUGCCUUUGCUUGUUCAUGACGUCUUCCACAAGGCUGUCAUCGAGGUCAACGAGGAAGGCACCGUAGCUGCGGCGGUCACCAUAAUGCCGGCGCCUGCUGGAUGUGCGCCGAUGAGGAAGCGGGAGCCGACGGUGGAUUUUGUGGCCGACCAUCCUUUUGCGUAUUUCAUCGUCGAGGAGGCUUCCGGCGCGAUCCUCUUCGCGGGGCAUGUCGUGGACCCUACCGAUGGCAAAGCCCCACCGCAGACAGGAAAGCAUGCAGCCAUGGCUAGAGGACACGAGUUGCUGCCGAAGAUAAGAAACCCCCCAAGGCACUUCGAUAAAGUAGGCCCGCAGAUUCAUUACGUAGGGCUGCCCAUGAGGCCUACCAGCUCCACUGGCCUGGCAGCGCUCGCUGCCCGGCUUGCCGGGUGCCUCGCUGAGAGUAGCGCAAACAAGAACCUCAUCUUCUCGCCAUUGUCCAUCUACACCGCACUUGCGCUCGUUGCCGCCGGCGCCCGGGGUGCUACAUUAGACGAGAUCCUCCGUGUCCUCGGCGUGCAGUCACGGGGCGAGCUCGAGGAGUUGAUCUCGCUCACGUCGGCUGACGCGCUCAAGGACCGGUCUGAAUCCGGCGGCCCGAGCGUGGCCUUCGCGUGCGGCGUGUGGAGUGACCUGACGCUGACGCUGAAACCGACCUUCCGUCAGGCCGUCGUGGGCACAUACAAGGCUGAGGCCAGCGCCGUCGACUUCCGACAUGCACCUGAGGAAGCGCGGGAGCAUAUCAACGCGUGGGCGGCGCAGAAGACGAGGAACCUGAUCGACUCCGUCCUCCCUCCGGGGUCGAUAAAACCGACGACCCCCGUCGUGCUAGGAAACGCCUUGUACUUCAAUGGCUCAUGGGAGGACGAGCCGUUCGACAAGAGGGGCACUAUGCAAAAGCCCUUCCACAAGCUAGAUGGCAGCCACGUCGACGUGCCCUUCAUGCAGAGCCGGAUGUGGCAGUUCGUUGCCGUGCAUAACGGAUUCAAGGUGCUUAAACUCCAGUACAAGAUGGUUGAGAAAGAUCGCGAUGAUCCAUAUGGUCAUCCUCAUGACACAACGCAGUUCUCCAUGUGCAUCUUCCUACCGGAUGCCCACGACGGCCUGCAGGGGCUGGUCCACAUGAUAGCAUCCCAGCCCGGGUUUCUGCACCACCACCUUCCGCAGUGCCGAGUCGGCGUCCGCGAGAUUCGGGUGCCCAAGUUCAAGCUCUCCUUCCACAAGAGUGUGGUCGCCGUCCUCGAUAAGCUGGGUCUCAAGCUGCCCUUCUCCACUCAGGCCGAUUUGUCUGACAUGGUGGAGGACAAUGGCUCUGGACUGCCGAUUAUGGUGGGCGAUAUCAUCCACAAGGCGGUGAUCGAGGUGAAUGAGGAAGGUACCGAAGCCGCAGCCGUCACCAUGGUUAUCACCAAACUAGGACACUCAAGGUGGCAACAUACCCCUCAACUAGAUUUCGUCGCCGAUCAUCCAUUUGCGUUCUACAUAGUGGAAGAGGCGACCGGCGCGGUUGUCUUUGCGGGGCAUGUCCUCGACCCCUCCAAGGAGUAGGAGUUGCUCUUGAUAUUGUGUGGAUGUUGACUAAUUUUCAUCUCACCAAAAUCUGCAUCGAGCUUCAGUUUAUGAUAGUCCAUUUAAUUAGGAGAUGC